CCAACCGGAAGUUGGUAUAUCCUAUACAAUGUCGUACAUUGCCAUUGUAAUCUAAGGAAACUGAACUAGCUUUGUUCGAUUGUUCGGUGGUUAUAAGCGGCAUCUAAACAAGGCUUGAAGGGUGGAUGUUGCUAUUCUAAUAUAGAACAAUCAUCCUUUAUCUUCCUGACUUAGACAGAUAGACAAAGAGCAUGGAUAUGUGAUAGGAACGCCGUUUCAACGCCAAUAAGACCUCUCCCACUCACUUCGAUGGUAUAUGGCUCGUCCUGCUCAUCGAAACUGCAGCUACGACACCGCGAUAUACAUACACACAACACACAUCUCUCAGAUAAACCCUCUCUGAUGUCAAAAAGAAUCUCAUAUUCCACCGCAAUGCCACACAAGUCCCAGCGAAGAAUCCCUCGCCAUCAGAAAUCCGCUCUCCGCCCCAUAGCCCCACAGCCUACCGAGUUUCCAGGAGCACCAUCCACAGCCCUCACAGCACCACCAACCCCCAAUAAACCCGCAAACUCAUACAACCCCCUACCCGCCGCUCUCGCCCACAAGAUGGGCACCCUAAUCACCCUCUCCCGCCGCCUCGAAUCCAUCCUCCAUGGCCUCGACUACGGCCUCUUCACCACGCCCAGCGAGCACCGCGACGCCCAAGCCCGCAUGAAGCACCUGCGCACCGUCUACAGCAGCCUGCGCCCCCAAGUGGACCGCGAGCUUGCCGCGCUGGGCCAUCUCCCCGCGACCGGCGCCCCAAUCAUCUUCCCAGCGCCCACGACGAAGCCCCCGUCCCCGUUCCCAAACCUCACCACCUCCCACCCCUCCCACAAGCGCAAAUACGGCCCCACGUCCCCGCAGUACACGGUGGACAAGGCGCUCAAGCGCAAGGCCGACAGCCAGGGCGGCGCUGCGCCAGCACACGUGCAUGUGCUGCCGGUGGCGAAGAAGCAGCGGCUAGAUGGCGGCGCGGAGAGUGACUUUGUGGAGACGGACUGCGAGAGUGUGGAUGAGGGGAGCAGCGAGGUCCAGGCGGAGUGGCUGCCGGCGCCGAUUACGAAUUUGGCGGUGGAGAGGCCGUUGAGAGAGGCGGAGAGGAAGAGGAUGAUGGGGUGGAGUUGGAGUGCGGCAGUGAGGGCGAGGGCGGGGGCCAGGGAUGUGAUGGUGGAUUGUAUAAGGAGUCCUUUAGGAACGGGGAUGGUGUGGUAGGUUGGGGUGUAGGUGCAAGGUGGUUUGAGGUUGUUUGUUCAGGAAGUUGUCUGCAUUGCAGAGGGGUCCCGGCCGAACGUCACUCUACCAUGAGCGGAGAGUUCAUGCUGCAAUGAAGAUAUUUUCGGUUCUUUCUUUAACACAAUGGUGCCCGAUGAUUGUAUACUGUUCACGUGAUACCUAUGGUAUAGCCAAUCCGAGCGUUCUUGAGGUGUUUGUGAACUCUGGGCACAGUGAGUAGUUGGUAGAAGCGUACCAGCAGAGUCUACGACCAGUUGCCUACGCGGUCUUCUAUUAUACUGAGACAGGAGACAGCUAGUGCAGCUAAUUCUAGGCGACGAAGGGUGAGCAAUGGCUGUGCGAAUGAGAUGUCUACUUAUGUGUCUAAGCACCUAGAGGUAGAACGCGAUUGCCCAGUCCUGACAC